CUCUUUCCUUCUGGUCACUGAAACUAUCACCAAAGAGGAGGAACAGUUCUUAAAGCUCCGGGAAGAGGAAUACAGAGACGCAAAUGCAAGCAUUUCACUAAAAACCUCUUAGUUUCUCAUUUCUCGGUGAUUUAGUUCUAUACAUCAUGGGCAAGUCUACAAAGUGGAUAAAGAAUGUACUACUUGGAAAGAAACCAUCUAAAUCUAGUGGUUCCAGAGGAAAGGAGAGAGUUGUGAGUGGAAAAGAGGUACUGGUUACUGCAAAGGUAGAAGAAUCCGAUGUGGUAUCAGAUCUUCCAUCUUUUGCAAAUGCAGCAACCAAUAGCGUUGAUAGAGGCAGUGGUAUGUUGGAGACGCAAACUGUAGAACCUGAGGAGAUCUCAGAUGACGACAUACAGCUUCCUGAGAGCAAACCAGCAGAUUCUCAAAAUGCUGCACCUGUGCAAGACAAUUUACUGUCUGAUGCUGAGAGAAUUCAACAAGAGAUUGCAGCAACGUCUGUGCAGGCUGCGUUUAGAGGUUACUUGGCUCGUCGUGCGUUUUGGGCACUCAAAGGCAUAAUAAGGCUACAAGCACUUAUUCGUGGUCACCUGGUUAGGAGGCAAGCUGUUGCAACUCUUUGCUGUGUCAUGGGAAUUGUCAGGUUGCAAGCGCUUGCUCGAGGACGAGAGAUCAGGAAUUCUGACAUUGGAGUUCAAGUUCAUAGGCAUUGCAGGUUGCAGCUGCUUCAGAACAAUCCUGCUGACACAGAUCGUUACCUGGGAAUCAAGAAACUAACAGCCAACGCUUUUGCUCAGAAGCUUCUUGCUUCAUCGCCAAGAGUGAUACCUGUACACACCCCCUAUGAUUCAUCCAAUCCAAACUCAAACUCAAUCUGGUUGGAGAACUGGUCAGCCUCAUGUUUCUGGAAACCAGUUCCUCAACCAAAGAAAACAAUUGGGAGAAAACUCCAGAACAGACUUGCCAAUAAUGCUCAGAUAGUCGAGGCUGAAUCUGCUAAACCUAAGAAGAGUGUCCGUAAAGUCCCUGCUGCAAAUAUUGAAAGUUCCUCAGUACAGACAUCUUUUGAGUUUGAGAAACCCAAACGCAGCUUCCGAAAAGUUUCAAGCCAGUCUAUAGAACCACCUGCUGUCGAAAAUCCUCAGAUUGAACUUGAAAAGGUUAAACGUAGCUUGAGGAAGGUACACAAUCCUAUAGUUGAGAGCUCUAUACAACCUCAACCAGUCCCUCAUAUGGAAGUUGAGAAGCCAAAGCCUGUUGAAGAGAAGACAACUGAAUCAUCAUACCCGAUGGUUCAUGAAACCGUGGAAGAACCCGUGAAUGUCUUUGACGAGAAGAAAAAGCAAGAAUUGCCCGAGCAGCUCGAGGAGGUACAUGUUCCUGAGGUGGAAGUACAUGUUCCUGAGGUGGAAGUACAUACUCCUGGACCAUUGGAAACAAAUGAAGCACUUGAUUCCUCACUGAUCAACCAAAUUGACAGCAUCGAAGAACCCAUGGUUGAAGAAAAACCUUCAACGGAAAAGAAUGCAAAGGAAGAUAAAACUCCCAAAGCAAACAUGAAAGAGAAUUCAGCCGGGAAGGAGAACCAGAAGUCCAGGAAAAAGGGUUCAGCUACCAAUAAGACCGAGCGUGAAGAGAAUAAUGGACACAGCCCAUCAAUCCCAAGCUAUAUGCAAGCAACGAAAUCGGCGAAAGCAAAACUGAGGCUGCAGGGCUCACCAAAGUCUGCUGAGCAAGACGGGACUGAGAAAGCCAGUGUUCCCAGACGUUACUCUCUACCGUCUUCAGGUAAUGGCAGGAUCACCUCUCAUUCUCCAAGAACAACGAGGCUCGCAAGCUCAGGUGAUAAAACCGGAAAUAAGAAGGAGAAACCUCUUCUGUCAUCUCGAGAAGGAAGUGCAAAGACAACUCCGGUAGAGCGGAAGAGGUGACCAAUAGCUUCAGAAAGUUGAAGCCUUUCUCGUUCUUGAUUCUAUAGUAGCCACAUUGUCAACAUGAGGAAUGCCACCGUCUAUCUAUAUAAAAGCUAUAUUUUUUUAGUUUGUGAUUGUGUGUGUGUUUAUAUGCUGGCCAAGUGUUACAGUUGGCCGCUGAGUUUCUGCAUUUGUGAGUGUCCUAUAAUGUUGCAUCACAAGGCUGUUGGAUUUUGUUAUUCUUCUUCUUAUGGUUUUAUC